AUGAGCAAGCGGUGCCCGCCGGCCGCCGCCUCGCUGCUGCGGGGGCUCGUCGGCCCCGCUGCCCUCUGCCUGGGCAGGAGCAUGAGCCUCUGCGGGGCGCCGGCCGCCUGCGCCGCGGGGCCUGCGGGCGGCGGCAGCGGCGCGGGCUUCUCCUCAGCGCGGCUGAGCCCGCCGUGGCUGCGGCUGCCUGAGGUGCCGGGCGCGGAGCCGCACCGGGCCAACGAGCUGCUGCUGCUGCUGCCGCCGGCCCCGCGCGGCCCGGCCCCGCCGCAACAUCACGUUGUCUACUUCCCGGGGGACGUGCAGAACUAUCAUGACAUCAUGUCUUGCCACCCAGAAAAUUUUCAGUGGGAGCACUGGAGUUUUGAAAAUGUUGCUACCAUACUUGCUCGCCGGUUCCCUAAUAGCUUUAUUUGGGUUGUAAAGUGUUCUCGAAUGCACCUGCACAAAUUCAGUUGUUACGACAACUUUGUGGCGAGCAACAUGUUUGGAGCACCAGAGCACAGCACUGACUUUGGAGCUUUCAAGCAUCUCCAUGCAUUGCUAGUUAAUGCAUUCAGACUCUCUCAGAAUAUUCUGCUGCCCCAGAAAAGUGUGCAUGGUGUCAGCAAGGAUGCAAAAAUAGCUGCUUGUAAAUCACAGCCGCAGUCUGUUCCUACAACAAAUGGCUGCUCAUCCACAGAAAGAGAGAGAGAUUGUGAAUGCUCUAAUAAUUCUGCUAUGAACUUCAUUAUACCGUCUGCUGUAGGUGCAGUGUCGUUUACUUUGAUUGGCUUCAGUAAAGGUUGUGUGGUUUUGAACCAGCUGCUUUAUGAGCUGAAGGAAGCUAAAAAAGACAAGAAUACACAUCCCUUCUUAAAAAACAUAAAAGCAAUUUACUGGUUGGAUGGUGGUCACUCGGGAGGAAGCAAUACUUGGGUUACUUACCCUGAAGUGCUGAAAGAACUUGCAGAGACAGGAAUUGAAGUUCAUGCUCAUGUUACACCAUAUCAAGUGUUUGACACAAUGAGGUCAUGGAUUGGGAGAGAGCAUGAGAAAUUUGUACAGAUACUUGAAGAAUUUGGUGUGGAAAUAAAUGAUCAACUACAUUUCGCUAAUGAUGUUGCCUCCUUAGAUAACCAUUUCAGAGUUCAUGAAGUUUUUUGAGACUGUAGGCAUAUGAAUAGUAUAUUCGUUGUAAAAGCACUUUUAACACUGUAAAUGUUGUCAUCUAGAUUUACAACUUGGAGCAGAUGCUUUCUGAAGAGAAUACUAGAUCAGUCCUGCGUUGCUAAUAGAUACUAUAUAUAAAUUUCAGUAGCUUAAAAAGGAGGAUUGGGACCCCAUACCUACAACAGAUGUCAUUUGAUUAGUGGAAAAAAGUGUUAUGAAGAACAAUCCUAUACAUGGUUUUUUGUUAAAUGUGAACUUUUAUUCUCAAACUGUUGGCAUAAUUUUUAGUCCUGGAUGUCUAACGUCGUAUACUGCCUUUAAUGGGAGUUUAAAGUACUGAAGACUUUCAAAUGUCUUCCAGGGCUAAAAGCUUUGGUCUUCGUCAAUAACAGACAUAACGUUAGUUUUUUGGCUUAAGGAAAAUGAUGAUUGUUAGAACAAUCUUAGUUAUAUAUUUUGGUGAAAACUGUUUUAAUUAGUUAAUUAGAUCUUCCAGUUUUGUAACAUUUCUCCUAACUGAAACAAAGUCACAAAUAUUUACCUUUGGAAUAAUAGUGCCAACCCAUUUUUCUUCCUUAUGUGUGCCUUGCCUUUUCUGUCGCUAUGAAGUUUCAUUAGUUCAUUGUGUAGUAUCUGCUAGUGAAUAGCCGUUUCAUCUGGGGGCUUGAAAAUUUUGACAUAGCUAUGUUAAGUGACCAAGAAUGUUCAUGAAGGUGUAGCUUUUUGCUGUUUCAACAUACCUUGCUAUUGCUUUGACUAACUUCUAUAAGGACCAGCAGUAAUAUCUAUAUAUUCAAGUCAAGAGGUGUCUUUAUCCCUACCUUGGACUGGUGAGGUUUUUCUUGCUGAUUGCUGCGUUGAUGUUGAUCUAAAUCGAGCCAUAAGUACAUAACAUAUUACAAGUUGCAUAAAAAAUUUUAGACUAUGUUGACUGUAGCUGUUUCAAAAUGCUUCGGUUUUUAAAACUAUUAUCUCCUUUAAAUGUAUUGCAGUAGUUGCUUCUAGAGCCACCCAAAAUCUAUUUUCAGAGCCUAAUUUUUCAUACAGAAAAAAACCCCCUCUAAUUAAAUACAAAGCUGGACAAAUCAGAUAUGAAAGAUGUAAUGUAGUUCAGGCCCCAAACCUGAAUGUUCUUUAGAAAGAAUUACUGAAAGAUGGACAAAUGAGGGUAUUAGUGGAACUUUUCUGCUGUUGUAAGUAACUUUCCAUUUAUCUACAAAUAAAUCUUAGAAUCAGUCUUAAAGACAACUGCAGCUAUUAACAAUGAACCAGUAGCUUAAAAUGGUUUUGGAUUUCCUGGAAGUGUAGGAAUAGAAAAGCAAGUUAGCAAAACACUGUGAAGAUUACACAUACAAAUGUGGCUCCGUUCUGAAAAAAGGCAUUUUAUUCAACUUUGUUCCUAUGUUUGAUGGCUGAGCAACAUCUUCCCCCUGCUUCUUGCUUCCCAUGACUCUUACACUGUGGAAGGAAAGUCCUGGGUCAUCUUUCUUCUAUUGGCGUCAUUAAAACUUACAAGGUUCACUGGAGACAGCAUUUUCGCAACUCUUGCAGAGGUCGUGCACAUGUUAGUGAUAACUGAAGAAUGAGAAAAGUGUGUUGAACUCUUAAGAAAAUUUUCUUACUACUUAAAAUAUUAAAAGUAGUAGAAAGUGUGCACCUUAUAAUGUGAAAGUGAACUCUAUUGCUAAUAAUAAUUAGACUAAUGUACCUAGUUGAUCAAAAGGGGAAAUAAUCUAUUUUAAUUGAUGGAGAAAAGUGCAACAUGCAAACCAACUCUAACAUCUUAUAAAAGAAUCUGAAAUCUAGUUCCAUCUGCUUUUUUUUAAAGCUCUUUCUUGGAGACUUUGUUCAACUCUAUUUAUUGAUUACCUUCUUAAUGGGCUCAUAACAACUUGUUUAUGUGUUCCAAGGAAGGCUAUUUCCCUUUUUUGGUCCUUUUGAUAACACUUGCAGCAUAUGCGAGGACUUUUUUCUGUAAAGGAAAUAUGGGUCACCUAACAAAAUGGUUUUAAUAGAAAGCCUACAAAUUGCUUGAAAUAUCUUUAAUUAUCCACUUAUAAAAUACAAUUUAAAAAAAUAAACAACAGAAACCCCAAAACACACCACUAAUCUUGCUCCCUCUCAGUUUCAGACUGACCAGGCUAACUUGGGUAUGCUAAAACUUGCCCUAUCCAAUAACAGUGGAGAUCCCAGACCAAUUUCUAAACAAUUCUGUGCCAGCCAAAACAGCAGGAGUAGGUUGUUGCAAGCUUUUGGAAACAGCUGUUAAAAUAUUGACAUUGUCUUCAGAAGUUUCUGGAUGGCUGUCCUAUGAAAAUAAUAUUAACCUGUUUGAUGGGGGCUGCUUACGAUAACUGUUAAAUAAAAUAGGCUUGAGUGUUGCUGUAUUAAUUUGAAGAAUAAGCACUUUGUUGUAAAACUAAUCUUGUGAGACCUCAUGUUGUGGAGGGAAACUGACUGGUUGUUUUUCAUUCUCUGAACAGCUGUAGUACUCUGUUGGAAUGUGCCUCUGUCAUUCACUACAAUGCAUGCUAAAAAUAAAUUUUGCAAACAAUGUAGAAAAUAAACUAUUUCUAAUGGGUGAAACCACUUCGAUGUGAAUGCAAAACCAUUAAACAAGUAAUGUGCAGUUAAGUUUUGUGGAUUCAGCUUUAUCAGGUGUUUGUGGAGACCUAGUUUAAAAAAAUCAGAUUUGAUAGCUUUUCUUCAAGGAGGCUUUGUAUUUGUGUAGUCAGCACCUGUAAUUCUAAAACAGCUUACUGUCAUCUCGCAUGCAUGGGAAAGCUAGCAUGAAGUACCCAAGGGUGCGAACAUUUCUAUGUUAGGAUGAAAUGGGUCAUAGUUUGUAUAUGCCUGUUUUUUGAUGUUAACUGUAAAGGCAGUUUUUAAUAAGCUUAGAUGUAAAUGCCUAACGUUAAGUGAUUCUCAUGCUUACAGUGGUUUAGUUCAAGACACUUCUGUUUUUCAAUGGAGUGAGCAACAUUACACAGGCCUUAGUACAAACUAGUAUGUAAUAGCUGGUAUUCGUUAUAUUACAUGCUUGUUUCUUGUACAAUAGACAAGAUAUUCUUCAGGUUUUGAGAAAUGCUAAAAUGUUUUAAGCUGUGCCUGUUAA